CGACUGGCAUCAAUUUUCUCGUUUCUUUUAAACAUAUAUAACCGUGUAUCAUUUGUUAAUUUUUAAUGUUGCAGUAAUGUCAAGGUCAUGGCUUCCGUCAAUCUGCAAGAAAAAGCUAAUUUUACAAGGCUUAGUAGACUUUUGGUGGACAAAGGGACUGAAGCUUUAAGAAAUACUCUGGAUACCAUACAUCCUCCUUCCAACCUACCCGCAGUUCUUAAUGCCAACAGAACAACCCUUCUAAAGUUAAAACCUCGAGUCAUCAAUGAUACCCAGUGGGAUUUACUGUUCCCUCCGUCCGGCAACCCACCAGAUUCGAAGACCUUUGAUGUUACACUACUUACUGUUCUUUUGCGGAAUCUUGCUGGCUUACCCCCUCCUGCAACAGGCUGGAAUACGAUGCCUCCAGACACAGAUCAUUCUCCCCAAGCAAAUAUUACGCGAAUCAAAUUGUUUAGAAAUCAAGUUUAUGGCCAUGUUGCCUCAACAGAAGUGGACAAAAUAACAUUUGAUAAUUUAUGGCAGAAAAUUUCUAAAGCUUUGCUCGACUUGAAGAUUCCACAAAAGGAAAUCGAUGAUUUGAAGACAUGUCCUUUGGGUCCUGAAGAAAAAGUCUAUUGGCAAUCACUUAAGGAAUGGGUCUUAAAAGAAGAAGAAUGUAAGAAUAUGCUGGACGAUCUUACAAGAGGUGUUAGUUUGAUUCACAGUCAGCAAAAGGAUGACAGAGGCGUUAUCGAGCAAAUUCACCAAGGGAUACAGCAGUUGUGCACUUCUAGUUUGAGUGAAUCCGAACAUCCAAGACCCACACAUGACUCUGAGGAGAGUAAAGCUAGUGAAAAACCAAGUAUGAACGUGGAAGGACAAUUAUUGCAAAAACUUGCAAAGCAUAAUUUCAAGAGUAAAAUAAAAAGUAAAGUCAAGUUUUUUCACCCUGGCACAAGAGAAUGGUUAUUAAAACAAAUUUACAGAUGGUUUGCAAAUGAAGAUGAGCCAAGAUUAUUGCUGUUAACUGCCGGUCCUGGGUUUGGCAAAAGCGUGUUCGCUGCGAAAGUUUGCGAAAUUUUUGAAAAAGAGGGGAGAUUGGCAGCAUGCCAUUUUUGUGAUUUUGGCACUUCGAAUUUGAAUGAUCCUAUGACGAUGCUGCAGUCGCUUGCAAGUCAUAUGUGUCAAAAUAUUGUUGGUUUUAAAGAAAAGCUUCUUGAUCAAUUAAAGCGACCACAUAAAGCCGAUAGCCUGAAGAACGCCUUUCAAAUAUAUUUGCAAAAUCCGCUUGAUGAGUUGGUAGUAGAACAUAGCUUAAUUGUGAUCGAUGGUUUGGAUGAAAGUGCGACUGAUGAUAAAAGCGACAUGGUAAAAUUGAUUGCUGAUAAUUUUCCAGAUCUUCCGGGAUAUGUCAAAGUCUUGGUGACUAGCCGACCGGAACUCUCUUUGCGAAAAUUGGACCACAUUGAAGUGAUAGAAGUUGGUGUCAAUGACGUUGACAAUCAAUCUGAUAUUCUAAAAUAUCUAAAUGUUAGGCUUCCAACUCUUGCAGCCAAAGAUGAAAUGAAUCGUUCAGCAGCCAGAGAUAAAAUGAAUCGUUUAGCAGCCAGAGAUGAAAUGAAUCGUUCAUCAUACAUCUUUAUUGUUAAUGCCGUUCUUGAUGCGAUUGUGGAAAAGUGCGAGGGUUCAUUUUUGUAUGCUUUCCACGUUCAGCACGAGUUGGGUAAACGCGAGGAUCUUGACACCAUAACAUUUCAAGAUAUUAUGUCUUUUCUUCCUAAAGGAAUGGCUUCUAUAUACGAAGCUUAUUUUCGUCGCCUUGAGAUUGAACUUGAAGCCGCAAUGAAAAGAAAUCCUGAUUUGUUCAAGCUCUUGGAAUUACUUGUAGCUAUGAAAGCAGGACUUCCUCUGAAGUUCGUCGCUCGGGUUCUUGAUUUAGCUUUUGAUUGUCGUGAAACGAAAAAAAUUAUUAACGAAGUGAACGAGGCAGUGUCGUGCUUGUUGUAUGUCUCCGACGAUGUAAUAACCGUUUUUCACAAAUCCGUAUAUGACUGGCUUCUUGCAAACGGAUACGACGAUCAUGAGUAUACUGUCAAAGUUAGCGAUGGUGAAAAACGGCUGUGGCUACUAUGCAAACAGGUUUUUAAUGAAAUAAAAAGAAACGUUUCCUUAGGACACGACUUGAAGUUUACCAACGAGGUGACGCACGCUCUGGAAUACGGACAUGAAUAUCUACUUGCCUGUCAAAUUAAGGAUUGUUUUUCAUGGUUUGUGGAUAUGAUAAUUGUUCAUGUCCUUUUAAGCAUCCACCCGAAAAGUACCCGCAUUUUUUCUCCAAAAAACAUCAUGGAAAACUUUCUCCGAAGUGAUUUAAAAAAAAUCUUGGAAAAAGCUCUUCGAAUCGAAGUGGCCCUAAGCGUUCAAUUGCGAAAGCGAAUUUCAUGGCAUUUUAACGAAAUUAGCUAUUUGAUGAAUCACAAAAUCGUAAGAGUCUUCAAGGAAGGGUCUGCGAUACGUUAUUCUUACCUAGAAAGUGUUCUUGAUUAUUCCCCGGAAGGUUGCUUCACAGAUGACGAGAGGAAAAUGGCGGAAGUAAUUUUAGCAAAAUCUCCCCGUUGCGUGAAACGUAAGUCGGUUGGAACGAAACUUUUAAAGCCACUUGUUACCAGUCUUUUUUCAUCCGACAUUGUAGCUGUUGGUGUCUCUUCAAGUAAGAAGUUAGCAGCUAUUGCACUGGAAAACGGAACCAUCUGUGUUUUAAGUUUGCCAGAACUGAUCCAAUUAUGGCAGUAUUCCACCGGGCACAAGUGCAUUUCCUGUUGCACCUUUGCUCCAGACGACACAGUCGUUUUGUAUGGAAAGCUUGAAACGGUACUUAACAUUAAAGAGAAAAAGGAAGCAGCAUUUUUUGGUAGAGAAGUGGAAAGGUUCAAGUCUUGUGCGUUUUCUCCAAACGGCAAAAGGUUAAUAACCAACGAUGGUUCAGACACCCUGAAGCUGUGGGAUGUUGUUAGACGUAGCUUGGUAUCAGUUCUUUCUGCAGGAGCUCCGGUCGACUGUUGUGCUUUUACCACCACAGGACUCUUUAUCAUAGGUACGAAUUAUGCGAAUGAACAUGCUUACUGCGUGUGGAACUCCAUAACAUUACAGAGAGUCGAUCAAAGGACAAGCUUCAAUGGUAGCAUGCGUAGCUACUUCUAUUGUAACGUGCCCAGCUACUUCUAUGGUAACAAGCGCAAAAAGAAAGAUGGGACCCUAAUGAGUGAAAGAUGUAAUCGUUGUUUUCGGCAAGAGUGUAAAGAAUUAAUUCCUUCGGAAAGAUUUGGAAUCAUGCGAUUAAUGCUAAUGGGUCGCCCAAUGAUGAGUGGAAAUGGCCAAAUUUCAUCGACUGGAAUCUACAAAGAAGUGGACUGUAUUUUUAAUUUGGAUAGCGAAGAGUCUUUGAACGUCAUUGAAAGCAUACACUUCACAACAGUCGCAGCAUGGGAAAUUUUUAUAGAAACUGCUCAGCGUUUCACGGGAAAAAAUUUUUUUCUUGAUAUUGCAGCGAUUGGAGAUGAUUGUUGGUUGUAUAGUGAUGAGCGAAAGUUGGUUGUUUUUAGCGCAGUGCCCCCCAAAGAAAAUCAGUCAAGUCUGUCACGUCCGACAUGUGUUCUUUGGUGCUCAUUUUCUCCCGAUGGUACUCGACUUGCCACGUGCACAUCGGAUGGAUUUAUCAACAUGUGGAAUAUCGAGACGUUCCAAAUUUAUGAACGUUUUAGAAGCAAUAUUGAGACACCGUUUGCUGCUUGUUGGUGGUCGGACAAGUACCUGUUCGUUUGCCAUGUAUUAGACACGAUUCCUAGCUUAUCAAGAUAUCCUGUUGAUAGAACCUUAAAGAUAGCUAUAACUAAGAAGCAAGCGAUGUCACUAUGUUCCGUGAAUUGCGAGUUCUUAUCUUUUUUCCGGUUCUUGGAUUUUUCAGAAGGUUAUCUUAGCUUUGAGUGUAGUCCGACAGAACCUGUAAAAGUUGUCAAUGUCAAGAAACUAGGACAACCCAAAAUAGUUAUAUUGCCGGGAAUUGAGUUUGUGAAGAGUAUUGCAGUGUCGUCCCGUGCUUCCUUUGUGUUAGGCGUUGGUAGAAGAUGUUAUACUCUUUGGAAAAAGGAUGAAACUCAGCCAUCCGUGUAUGAUGUGUUUGUUUGUUUCGGCACUUCAUUAUCUGGAGUGGAGGAGUCAUUAGCAUCUUUUGGAAUGUUUGCCAGAUGUGACGAGUGUUGUUUUAGUAAUGAUUCCAAAUUUGCUAUUGUUUCCCUUGUUUUCAUGUCCCCUAUGACUGCAAGAAAACAAUUUAUGUUUAUUGACCUGGAAACUGGUAUUGCGACUAUGGAUGAGAUACACGACGAUGAAAGACCGAGGUCAAAUGCAAUUUCAAAAGUAUUUUGUACUAACACGGUUGUGAUUCAUUUGACUCCAAACAUGAUAAACAUUUUUGAUUUGGAGAGUUGGAAGCGUCUUGAGUCGUCCUUCCAGCGACAUCUUAACAAAGAGUUUGUGAUUCACUCGAAGCUGUCACCAACAGGCACUGUCCUUGCAGUACCUAGGGUAACUGGUGAUAUGGAAUUCUUUCACUUGCGCAUUCCCAAAUACUCCUCAGUGUCGAAUGGGCAGAAAAAUUGGGAAAGGCUGGGCGGUGUUAAAUUCGUCUUUCCUGGACUUGGUUGUUUGGGCAUUACACCAGAAGUUAAAAAGAAAAUUGACGAGAGCUUAUCUAGACUCAGUAGGUUUGAGAAUAUACCGAAAGGGACCUUACCUGGUCCUGGUAGGUUUGGAAAGAUCCCAAAAGUCGAAAAGAGGAUUAAAGAGAGGUUUCUCGGCCCUAGUAGGUCUGAGAAUAUAUCGAAAGUUGAAAAGAAGGUUAAAGAGAGCUUACCUGGUCCUGGUAAGUUUGGAAAUAUAAUCGAAAGUUGAAAAGAAGGUUAAAGAGAGCUUACCUGGUCCUGGUAAGUUUGGAAAUAUACCGAAAGUUGAAAAGAAGGUUAAAGAGAGCUUACCUGGUCCUGGCAGGUUUGGAAAUAUACCGAAAGUGAAGAAGAAGGUUAAAAAGAAGUUCUAAUGUACAUAAUUUUUAAAACAAGAAACGUUCUAAUGUACAUAAUUUUUAAAACAAGAAACACUUGCAUGUGUGCUAAGGAUUUGAAUGAAGUGACAAUAGAAGUUGGAAUUUGAUUCGGGAAGCGGUUAGGCUUUGCUUGGAGCCAGUCUAAAAUGGAAAAGUAAGACGUCUCCUUCCCUCCGCUAGUCUGGGAGUUCACAUUGGGCAAGUGAUAGCACUCCCUAGCCCCCCUUACCAGGGUUACGGUACUCUGGUGUGUCUUAAAGAAGUCUCUUAGGACGAAACUACUUAUGAAAUGAAGGACAACAAGGCGAACACAAUGAAGAUGACGACGAAGUUUGCUUUGGUCAUAUACAGGGUGUAUAAAAAAAACUACACAGUUGGAAAAAGUUCACUAAAAUCAGAUGCACGCAACAUUUGCGAAAACGUUCAGUAAGCCUGUGUACUUUAACGUUCUCUGUUACAUCUAGCACUCAAAUUAUUUAAAAUGCUAGCGUUUUUAGAGUAGGAAAGCUGUUACUAAAACCCCCCAAAAAGGCCUUGCAAAGCCCAAAAAUUUAAUCACACAGAGUCAAAAUAUGGACUGUCUUGCACAAGCUAUUAAAAUUUCAAGAAAUUUGGUGCACGCGUAGGCCAACGCGAGAUCUUCAAAAUCUGGGUUUUCUCCAAUUUUGUUAGUUCGAACGCGAUUUUUAAUUCUUUGCAUGAUUUCAUAUUAAUUUUGUGCAUGCUCGGACGUUUGCAUAAAUUAAAGAACGAAAUUCGCAAGUCAAUUCUCAAAGGUCGUAAAAACCCACUUUUUAACUUUUUUAACAGCGUUUACAGUAUUUACAAAAUUAUUGACAUGCAGUGUUUAUUUACAAACAAAAUCAACCUUCAACGUUCCUCCUAUGUUAAAAAUUGAUGUUAAUUGUAAAUAAACACUGCAUAUAAAUAAUUUUGUAAAAAGGGCCUUUAGGUAUUGCCAUUGGCUUGCGAAUUUCGUACUGUCAUUUAUGUAAACGUCCGAGCAUGCAUAAAAUUAAUUUGAAAUCAUGCAAAGAAAUCGCGUUCGAACUAACAAAAUUGGAUAAAAUCCAGGUUCUGAAGAUCUCACGUUGGCCUACGCGUGCACCAAAUUUCUUGGAACUUUGAUAGAUUGUGCAAGACAGGGUUAACUUUUCGAGUUAAGCCCCUGCCAUGCCCUUUUACGCCUGGGGCUUAACUCGAAGUCAAUUAAGGAUCGAGGGAGAAUGUAAAAUUGCAGCAUUUUAAGAAAUGUAUUUUACUAAGAUCUCUUUUGGCUUUGCCUACAGUUUUGUACAGAAAAUGGCAUCGUGAAAUGAGGGAACUGAUAAGGAUUUGUAAACAACAGCUUAUUCAGGGUGGCAAUUACGGCCUUAGCUUGAAAAUAAACAAUAUAUAGUGCAACCUCGUCCCCAGGGCCUUUUGAGGAAGGAGGCGAAGCAGCCCUUCGCCUUUUUCCUCAAAAGGCCCUGUGGACGAGGUUGUAUAUAGUGGCACUUGCAGAACGCAAAUCUUAAGCAUGUUCAUAUGGAGGGAAACUACUCUUCUAACCGAUUUACUCGGUAACGACAAGAUCUAGGACUAGAAUAUUAUGUAAUUAACAAAUAUAAAACAUUUUCCGUGUUGAUAUACAGUUAUAUCAACACGAGUGGAAUUGGAAAAACGAGAAAUUGUAUGGAAACAGAGUGUUUUAAUAAAAUUUCGAGUUUUCCCAACUUUCACGAGUGUUGAUAUAACUAUAUAUCAAUACGGAAAAAAUGUUUUAUAUUUUUUUUAUAAUAUAGCAAUGUCAAAAGCCCGAAGGAUAAGAAAAAUUUCCGUGUUUAGCAGCACUAAACGCCUGCUACGCAGGCUAGUUUACAUCCACCAAAUGUCGGAGCUUAACUCGAAUUGCGCAAGGCCUUUUUUGGGUGGUUUUUAGUAACAGCUUUUCUACUCUAAAAACGUUAGCAUUUUAAAUCAUUUUAGUGCUAGAUGUACCAGAGAACGUUAAAGUACAUAGGCUUACUGAAAGUUUUCGCAAAUGUCGCGCGCAUCUUACUUUAGUGAACUUUUUCUGACAGUGUAGUUUUUUAUACACCCCUAUAAUCUAUAUAAUAUAAUUGACAGUGUAAAUCUUAUUCAAGGACACGCGAUGUUAAUUCAACGCUCUUUCGCUUUAAGUUAAAGUUAGAUGACGUCACUUUGAUCAUAGAAACUUUUAACAAGAUGAACUAAAUGUAAAUAAUUUAUGUUGAUAUAAGCAAAGAAGAUUGAUCGUCCAUUAAAACAAUGAAUGCUUUGUUGCGAAUUGUUACGGGCCGUAUUUCGAGCUCUAGAUUAACGAAAUAAAAGUUUGAUAAGUAUUCUAACUGUGUUUUAACUUAAAUAGAAUACAUGAUAGUGUUGGGGAAGCAUUAAGAACAGCUAACUAAGGUCGCGUGACUGCAAAUCUCAUGUCCACUCUCAUCCUUGUUUGGUGGCUUAAAAUUAAUGCUUUAUCAAUGCAUGUUCUCAAAGAAAGAUAAGUAAAGAAAUGUGGAAAAGACAUUUGUGGAUCAGAAUUGUACACGUUAGUAGUUUCAUUUUGCUCAAAAUGAAAAAUAAUUACAAGAUAGGUUUACUAAAGCAAAAUCCGCGCUAAAAACGUCAAUAAAUAUCGGACUGUUGUGAGUUUGCUGUUACUCGUAAUGAGCGUCAAGAUGGCGCCAUAUUGGGGUAAAGGUGGUAUAUUGUGAUUGUCAUAUCUUCUUAACGAGUUCGGUGACCCCGACUUUUUUGUGUGAUUUUACUUUAAGUAUAUCAUAAACUCCAUGCCUGGGAAGUUUCAGCACAUUCUCAUUUCGGGAACAAUUACUGCGAUUUUUGCAAUUAUUUAACAAUUAUUCGCCGAAGGCGAGGUGAUCAUCGGUGAAUAAAAACCGAGACGAAGUCGAGGUUUUUAUUCACGAUAAUCACCGAACCUGAGGUGAAUAAUUGUUUUAGU